UACGAAGAAGCCCUAGAUUCAUUUCAUCCUCUGCCCAUUUCGUACAGUAUAAAAACACAGAAACCAAAACCCUAAUCCCUUUUUAUCUCCGUCACUCUUCUGCAGACAAAAGCGAAACUCGAGUCUCAUUCCCGUGAGCUACUAGCAACAAUGGUGAAGGCAACAAAGGCUGAGAAGAAGAUCGCUUACGACGCUAAGCUAUGUCAGCUCAUCGACGAGUUCACUCAGAUCCUUGUCGUUGCCGCCGACAACGUUGGUUCGACUCAGCUCCAGAACAUCAGGAAAGGUCUUCGUGGUGACUCGGUUGUGCUCAUGGGGAAGAACACUAUGAUGAAACGUUCCGUUAAGAUUCACGCUGAGAAUACAGGGAACACUGGAAUCCUCAAUUUGAUGCCUCUCCUUCAAGGAAAUGUUGGUUUGAUCUUCACCAAGGGUGACCUCAAGGAAGUGAGUGAGGAAGUUGCCAAGUACAAGGUUGGUGCUCCUGCUCGUGUGGGUUUGGUUGCGCCAAUUGAUGUGGUUGUACAACCUGGUAACACUGGUCUUGAUCCAUCUCAGACAUCUUUCUUCCAGGUUCUUAACAUCCCAACUAAGAUUAACAAGGGUACAGUCGAAAUCAUUACCCCUGUUGAGCUCAUCAAGCAAGGUGACAAGGUCGGUUCUUCUGAGGCUGCACUUCUAGCCAAGCUUGGCAUCAGGCCGUUCUCGUACGGUCUUGUUGUCCAGUCUGUUUAUGACAAUGGUUCAGUCUUCAGCCCUGAGGUUCUCGAUCUUACCGAAGAUGACCUUGUCCAGAAGUUUGCAGCUGGUAUCUCCAUGGUUACUUCAUUGGCUCUAGCUAUCUCUUACCCUACCCUUGCUGCUGCUCCACAUAUGUUCAUCAAUGCCUACAAGAAUGCAUUGGCUAUCUCAGUUGCCACUGAGUACACUUUCCCUCAAGCAGAGAAGGUCAAGGAGUUCUUGAAGGAUCCUAGCAAGUUUGCUGUUGCUGUAGCGGCUGUGUCUGCUGAUGCAGGUGGUGGUGCUUCAGCUGGAGCUGCCAAGGUAGAGGAGAAGAAGGAAGUGGUUGAGGAAUCUGAUGAAGAAGACUAUGGUGGUUUCGAUAUGUUCGGUGAGGAAUAGAUCAUUGUUACUACAUCUAUCAAGUUCACCUUUUUGUCGUUGCUAUAAGUGCUGCUUCGUUUGUAGUAUGAUGUUCUCAAUUUUCUUGAUUUUGGCCACUUCAGAUUUAUGCUAUUGUCUUGCUACUAUGAGUUGUUUGAUCAUUUCUUUAGUCUUCGCUCGUAUAAUUUCGCAAGUGUUAUUUCACUGAUUAUAUAGCAAAGAUGAAGUCAUUGAUUAGGUUAAAGCAAAAGA